ACAAGCGCUCCUAACAGCACACACCUUGUUCGCCCAGACAUCGGUUACCAAACACUCGAGUUGACUGCGGCUGGAAAGCUGAGUUUGCUUCUGUCUUAUCCUUGGAAAAGGAGGUUUGGAUCAUCAGUCAUGCUGAAAGCUGUGGGACAAGUGUUGUUCUCAACUGGUCUGCAGAAUCCGAAAUUCACUGCAGAGGAGAAAAAGGGACAGGACUAUGAAAUCCGCACCUACCAGCCCACUAAGUGGGUGAGCACCUCUGUGAGCGGGAUGCAGCUGGAAGCAGCCUUGUCUACUGGCUUCCGUAGACUCUUCAACUACAUCCAAGGCAACAAUAAAAACAAGGCCAAAGUGGAGAUGACGGCCCCCGUGACGUGCUACGUGAAACCCGGGGCCGGCCCUGCAUGUGAAUCUCAGUUCACCGUAUCCUUCUACAUCCCAGAGGAGCAUCAGGCCACUCCACCCGAGCCCAACGAGCCCGAGGUGUUUAUAGAGCACAGGAAGGAGUUGACGGUGUAUGUCAGGACAUACGGUGGUUUCUCCAAUGAUAACAUGAAGCGUGAAGAGCUGCUGAAGCUUAUGGAAAGUCUGAAGAGGGAUGGAGUCCAAUACAUCGAGAAACCGUACUACGUAGCCGGGUACGACAGCCCUUUCAAACUGACCAACCGCAGGAAUGAGGUUUGGAUCCUCAAGAACGAAGAGGAGCAGUAGAGCGUUCCUGGGUCACUCUAUCCUAUCAAAAUGUUAGUGAAGGGAAUUUAAAUGUGAUGAUUUGAUACAUUUCUGUUUGACCAGAAACAAAGGUUAGAUUUGUUACUUACACUAAAAGUUACUGAUUACUCACUGAAAAACUUGAUAAGGAGACUAAUUACACGACAACUAGAGGUCCUGUCGGCCAUGUGAAGCAAUAUAACCAGCAGGUGGAGCCAAGUAGUCAAGAAAAUGUUUCUUAUGUUAACGGAAAACCCCACAAGUACGUCUUAAUUAAAAAAAAAAUAUAUUUUUUUAAUGAAUAUUUUCAAAAUACACUAAUUUUAGGCUUUUGAUUGUGCAUGUUGCUAACCUCCUUUUUCACAGCAGAUGUUUGCGCCUGACAGGGCAGGGACAGCACCCAUGUGACUGAUAACAUUCACAGUGUGAGCCGGGUCCAGGGGGGGCAGUGUAGGCUGGCUCACUGUGGGAGCACACUGUGUACCUUUCCUGUGUGCGACGGACACGAAGCUUCUUGCUUUUCAUUUACACUCCCACACUAGCAGGUGAGAGCAGCCACGUGUCACUCAGGCGACGCUGCUUAGAUUUGCCGUGUCAUCAGAUGUUUCCAUCAACAAAGAUCUGUUUAAGUCAUGCUGACACCAUAAAUAUAUCUAUUUUAGGAUCACUGGCUGCACUCAGAAUAUGUGAGACUUUCAAAAGUAAACCAGAAUAUAUAUAUAUAUAUAUAGUCUUUCCUGCAGGUCUUGUUGGAAGACUUAGUGAAAACAGUUAACCCAUAAUCAUGAAACACAAUUUCAAACAAACAGUUUCAGCUGCUUUUUCCUGCAACGUCAAGUCGAAGCCUUUGCUGUGAAAAAUGUUCAAAUAACAUGGCAACUAACUGCUACUUGUUUACACUCGCAUAUUGAUGUGACAGGACUGUGUGUAGGAAACAAAGAAAGCAAAGGAAAUGUUCGUAGUUGGGUUUUUAAGUCAGUCCUAAAAUAAUACUAGUGCCUUUAUGGACAUUAAAACACAGAUAAAUCCAGUCAUCGCUGUGUGUAAAAGUGCAGUCUGACGGCUAUUAGAUGCAACUGUGAGGCUUUGUCAGUUAGAGUUACGUGAAUCAGCAGUCAAAAUGGGGGGAAAAAAUAGUUUUUUGCAGUUUAGUGAGGACUCGCAGUCCAUAAAAAAAAUAAAUAAAUAAAUCUACACACAAAUUAUCAGUGCAUCUAAAAGUGCAGAAGCCUCAUAUUUGUUUUCACUGAACUUUGGAGUAUAAUAUUUGCACACGCCACGAGUUCAGCCUGUGAAAAUGUGUCUCCUGGUACUUGGAUUUGAGUCGCAUUAAGAAAGGGAUCGCAUCAAAUCCAUUAUGACCAGAGGGAUCAAGUGCAAGGGAUUAAGCAUUAAACAUAUUUUGACUUUGUAGAUCAGCUGCACAGUUUAGCAGAAGGUUUGUGUUGUCAGUCAGCUCUGGGAAGGUGACUCUGCCUGGCAAGCGGCCGAGCGUCGGUAAAUCUCAGUUUAUCUGCUCUCAGGCCUCACUUACUGCCACUGCGACCGCAUAUGCAUCCAUUGUGAUGAAUGGCUGGGCCCGUCGCAACACGUCUCAUAAGCUGUCAUUUUUGUCAAUGAAUAUAAAUGUGUGUUUAACCAGCUUUGUGCUCAAUUGCUCAGACUGACCAUUUUUGGUUUAAUAUUGACAGAGAGCUAAUAAAAAUGUGCCUUUUUUCUUUUAUAUCUUCAUAUAA